GACAACUCUGCGUGGGAUCGAUAUUCCAAAUAUUAGUGGAGUGCAAUCUAUGACUGGCUGGUUCUCAUUUCAAACAGAAAUCGGAAACCUUCCAAUUUAAUGUUUACAUCCUAUCUUAAAUUGAAAAUUGCCAUCAACCAAUCAAGAGGUAUUCACUUUGAGGACUGUGCAGUGAUCACAGUUAACUAUGCCUUCCAAGAAAGACAAGAUUAUCCUCGGGGCGGCAGGGGCAGUGGGAGCAGGAAUUAUGUCAUGGCGAGCGUUUUUCCCAUGGAUAGGAUAUGAUCUGAAGAUGAUAAAGCAUGGCAAAAGAGCGGGCGGAAGAAUUAUGAAAGAUAUCCAAAAUCAACGUUACCUGAUCAACAUGUUCGAAGAAGCUGUAGAGAAGUAUCCCAAAAAGCCGUUCAUAAUUUUUGAGGACAGAGUGUACACUUAUGAAUUUGUGAAUGAGCAGACUAACAGGGUGGCCAACAUUGCUGCCCAGUGGGGUUUCAAGAUCGGAGAAUGUGUCGCACUCAUGAUAGAGAAUGAACCAGCGUUUAUCUGGACAUUUUUAGGUCUACAGAAGCUUGGUAUCGCUGUGGCGUUCAUUAACUUCCACAUACGGGGAGAUCCUUUAGUUCACACACUGAGGGCAUGUGAGGCAAAGGUGCUCAUCAUUGGACAAGGUGAUUACAUCCUUCCCAAGGUUGAGGAGGUCAGAGGUCAGCUCGGUGACCUGCCACUCUAUGUGCAGGGCCAAAACCUGCUGCUGGGAGCCGGCUAUGUGGCCUGGGAUGAGCUGAUGAGGACCACGUUACCAGUUCCCAUGUGCAGGAGCGUGCGGGCAGGAAUGACACCCACCACGCCUUGCUGCUACAUCUUCACCUCGGGAACGACAGGUCUUCCCAAGCCAGUAAUCAUCACGCAGGUGAAGUCAAUAUCAAUCAGCAAGUUCUUCCAGCUCUUUGACUACUUGCCCACUGACAUUGUGUACACGUGUACACCUCUCUACCACAGUGCAGCAGGAGGUCUGGGACUGAUGAACACUAUAGAUCAGGGUGCCACAAUGGUGCUGAGUAGGAAGUUUUCUGCCAGUCACUUCUUUGAAGACAUUCGCAAACACAAUGUGACGGUGGUACAGUACAUAGGGGAGCUGUGUAGAUAUGUUCUGGCUGUGCCAAAGACCCCACUGGACAGCAAACAUUGUGUUCGGGUGGCAGUGGGGAAUGGCCUUAGAGCUGACAUUUGGGACAAUUUCAAAACUCGCUUUAAUAUACCCAAUAUCUGUGAAUUUUUUGGAGCUACAGAAGGAACAGUGGCAGUUAUGAACCUGAGUAAUCGCACUGGAGCAUGUGGACGCUUCUCACCGCUUAUUAACAAGUUGGAUCCUACCCCAAAGGUGCUUGUGAAAGUAGAUGUGGAUACAGGGGAGGUAAUAAGGAACAAACAGGGCUUCUGUAUUCCUGUUGCCAUUGGAGAACCAGGUCUGCUUCUUGGUUCCAUACCACCAAUCUAUGCAGACUUAAAGUUCUACAAAGGAAACAAGGAGGUAAACGAGAAAAAAAUUCUGCGGAAUGUUCUCCGUGAGGGCGACAUGUUCUUCAACUUCGGAGACCUUCUCAGUCUUGAUAAAGACUACUUUGUGUACUUCAGGGACCGAGUUGGGGAUACAUUCAGAUGGAAAGGGGAGAAUGUUGCAACAUUUGAAGUUUCAAAUGUGCUCUCCAAGCUUCCUAUAAUCCAUGAUGCAAACGUGUAUGGGGUGGAAAUACCAGGCUCAGAAGGCCGCGCUGGUAUGGCUGCCAUCCAUCUUGAGGAUGACAAAGAACCAACGGCCGCCAUAUUGAAGGAUAUAUUCCAACACUGCAAGGAAAGUCUUCCCAGCUAUGCCAGACCACUGUUCCUGCGAUUCCCAAAAGAGGCGGCCAUUACUGUGACCAUGAAGCAGCAGAAGACAGAGUUCAGAAAAGAUGGAUUCCAUCCUCAAAAUAUUCCAGAUCCUCUGUUUUACUAUAAUGAACCAGCGGGCACUUAUUCGCCUCUCACAAUGGACAAUAUCCAGCAGUUCUUGACAAAGUCAAGAUUGUGAAAUAUAUUCAUGUAUAUUUAGGGUACAAUCAGACAUUAUGUUUGGGUGUACAACAAUCAUUUUAUUUGAAAUUUAAAUUGAUUAUAGAUUUAAAACAAUUACAAUUGUGAAAUAAAUUUAAGGAAUGUAUGUUGUUUGUUAAAAAAUAUUUUGCAUGUGCAAAUAAUUUUUAAAAUCAUAUUUUCAAUUUCUGAACAUAUUUUUUGUCAUAUUCGUAAUUGAGAACAGAAAAAAACUUAUCAAAUACGUCACCCAUAAUGCAUAUUAAUAUAUUGAUCUAGUCCUUAUAGUUAAAGUUAAUUGGCGCAAAUGUAAAACCAUUAAGAUAAGUCAUUAAACAGCUAGUCAAAACUGUAACUUUGUGAUUUAUCUUGCAAUUUUAUAAUAAAUUAGCAGCAUGUGGAGACUACUUGUCAGGUAUAUCACCUUUCUUUUUACAUCAAAGAUGAAGAUCACACUUAGAUGUCACAAGUAAAAUAUGGUCAUCAAACACCUUGUAUUUGACAUUAGUGGAGUCGUGAGACAAGAGAUGAAUGUAUUUGGCAUCCAUGUCGUAUGGACACGUCUUGACACAAUUUUAAAUGUAUGCAAACAUUUUUAACCAUUUACUGCAUAUAGAUUUUAAUCAAAGAAGUAAUUGCAAAAGGCCCCGUUAAGUGUUUUUAUGAUGUUAAAGAAUAUUCUCAGGAAUACACAUUGUGCUUAGUGUUGAGAAUUCAUAGCAUUGAUCAUUCAUAGUGUUGAGAAUUAAUAGUGUUGAGAAUUCAUAGCAUUUAAAAUUCAUAGUGUUAAGAAUUCAUAGUAUUGAAAAAAUCCUAGUGUUAACAAUUCAUAGCAUUGAUGAUUCUUAGUGUUGAGAAUUCAUAGCAUUGAAAAUUUAUAAUGUUGAGAAUUAAUAGUGUUGAGAAUUCAUAGCAUUUAAAAUUCAUAGUGUUGAGAAAUCCUGGUGUUGAGAAUUCAUAGCAUUUAUAAUUCAUAGUGUUGAGAAUUCAUAGUGUUGAGAAAUCCUAGUGUUGAGAAUUCAUAGCAUUUAUAAUUCACAGUGUUGAGAAUUCAUAGCAUUGAGAAUUCAUAGUGUGGGCAUUUAUAAAAUCUGGUAAUUGUCUACAUUCCUCCAUUUCAUAUUUAGAAUUGCAUUUUGUAUUUGUUGUGACUGUUCACUAAAUAAGAUUGUUAGAUGAUGGACAAAUUACUCAUUUACAUUUCAAUUGUGGUGCUAACAAAUGUUGGGAUUUUCUAAAACUGGGCAACACCAUAUGGUAUAAUUUGGCUCUGGUUUAAAUAAUAGAUGUUGUUGUAUACUAAUUGAUAUUUAUACACAUGUAUUUUGAAUUUUAUAAUGUUUUUUUAGGUGGUUGAUUUUCUGUUAUAUAUUUUUAUGAACACCUUAAGAUAAUCAUAUUUUAUUUGUGUUAUAGUUUUCAUAUCAAUUUUGCCUUCAGUGAGAAAUGUAUUCAGGGAUUGUAGAAGUAAUGUAAUAUGUUUAAAUGUUUGCUCACUGUAAAAGAUUGCUUGCUUUGAAAACAUGUUCUUUACUUAUCAUGUCAUGUAUGGAAAAAAGAAUUGUUAUGACAUUGACGAACAUGAUAAUUUAGUACCUUCUACUUGUGUUAGGUAUACUUCAGUAUUAUAAAUACAUGUACAUUGAUUCAAUGGUUGUGAAUGUUUAUGCAUGUUUUGAACAUGUAAUUGUUUUAUAUUUAAACAAAUACUUUCCAAUAAUAUUAAGCAGAUUUGUUAUUAUUGAAUGUUCAGAAAAUUGUUAAUUAAAAACCAUGCAAGCACUUAAUAAAAGAGUAUUAGUUAUUA